AUGUCAGCUGCGGAUGCAGAGGGAGUCUGGAGUCCUGAUAUCGAGCAAAGCUUCCAAGAGGCGCUGGCGAUAUAUCCGCCGUGCGGAAGACGCAAGAUCAUACUCUCCGAUGAGGGCAAGAUGUACGUAGGGCAGUACUAUGUCGAAGUGAAAAAUCAUAUACCCUUAUCAAAAUUAAUUUUAUGUUACUUUUAUUUCAUUACAGGUCGUAACGAGCUGAUAGCGAGAUAUAUUAAACUAAGGACAGGAAAGACGCGCACAAGGAAACAGGUCUCAUCACAUAUACAGGUGUUAGCGAGACGGAAACUGAGAGAGAUACAGGCUAAACUUAAAGUGGAUGGUGGUAUGAAAGACAAGGCGAUGCAGUCAAUGAGCACGAUGUCUAGUGCACAGAUAGUGGCUGGAUUGCCGCAUCCGGCAUACCAUCACACGCAAUUUUGGCAACCGGGUCUACAAGCGGGCACGUCACAAGAUGUGAAGCCUUUCCCUGGUGCUCCGUACAAGGGUGUGGGUGUGGGCCCCGUGGGGGUGUCUGGGGGUGCGGAAGUGGCGCCCCCGCCGUGGGAGGGUAGAGCCAUAGCCACACACAAGCUAAGACUAGUUGAAUUCUCAGCGUUCGUUGAACACCCGAGAGACCCUGAAACGUUCCCUCCUAAUGCUGCAGCACAACACCUGUUUGUUCAUAUCGGAGGAACUGUGACGUAUGCAGACCCACUAUUGGAGUCGGUAGAUGUACAGCAAAUAAACGAUAAGUUCCCAGAGAAGAAAGGCGGUUUGAAGGAAUUGUAUGAGAAGGGACCAAGGAACGCUUUCUUCCUUGUGAAGUUCUGGGCCGACCUUAACACAAACAAUUUGGAUGAUCCGGGGGCUUUCUAUGGGGUCACUAGUGUUUACGAGAGCAACGAGAACAUGACUAUAACGUGCAGCACCAAGGUGUGCUCGUUCGGCAAGCAGGUUGUCGAGAAGGUCGAGACGGAGUACGCGAGGUUCGAGGGCGGCCGGUUCGUGUACCGCAUCACGCGCUCGCCCAUGUGCGAGUACAUGGUCAACUUCAUACACAAGCUGAAGCACCUGCCCGAGAAGUACAUGAUGAACAGCGUGCUAGAGAACUUCACCAUACUACAGGUGGUGUCAAACCGCGACACUCAAGAGACGUUGUUAUGUGCGGCGUUCGUGUUCGAGGUGUCCAACAGUGAGCACGGGGCACAGCAUCACAUCUACCGGCUCGUCAAAGACUGA